AAAUAUGUCAAGAAUAUAAUCUUGAACCACGAGAUUUACAAAAAAUUGAUACUGAUAUUAUUAUUAAUGUUCCAAUAAUUGAUGUACGUCAAAAUCGUUUUAUUUGUUUUUCAUAUCGAAGACUUCGAAAUUUAGUUGAAUAUAAUCGAAGUAUUUUUUUUGUUCCAUCUUCUGAUAAAGUUCUAGAAGAACCAAUUGGAAUAAAAGAUGCUCUUCAUUGGGAAUAUGUUACUCAAUCUUAUAAUCGAAAUGUUAAAUAUAUAUCGAAACUUUAUAAUGAAAGAUUUAUUAAUAAAAAAUUAAAUAAUAUUAAUAAAAUUCCAUUUGAAUUUCAAAUAACUGAAAUUAAUUUAGAAACAAUUACUUAUCGAUUAAAAUUAAAAAUAAAUCAACUUUUAAAUGAAUUUAAAAAUAUUCGAGAAGGUGCAUAUACUCGUAUUACUCCUGAAAAAUUACGUGAACUUGCUUUACUUAAAGAAAAAAUCGAUAAAUAUAAAAGAAAUGUUGAACUUGCACAUCAAUCAAUAAUUGAUGUACUUGCACAAGAUGAAGAUAUGAUUGGAAUGUAUCUUACUGAUAAACGUCAACGAGAUAUAUCUGAUCAUGUACAAAUUGAACUUUUACUUGAAGCAUCAGCUAAACAAAUGGCUGAAGUACGUCGAUCAAUAUCUGAUCUUUCUGAUUCAGUUCAUACACUUGAAAAUGCAACAGGUUUUAUGCUUGAUGCUCUUAGAAAUGAACUUAUUGGAUUUGAAAUUCAAAUUAAUAUUAUUACAAUGGGAUUUGGAAUAGGUGCUUUUAUAACAGGUUUAUAUGGAAUGAAUUUAUUAAAUAAUUUUGAACAAAAUUUAUAUGCUUUUUAUAUUGUUACUGGUACGACAUUUUCUUUUAUUUCGGGUAUUAUUAUUCUUGGCAUUAUCAGAUUAUUUCGAUAUAGAAAAAUUCGAUUACAUAGAUCAAAUAAAAAUUAA